UGUUGUCCUUCAGUUCUUACUCUGCCUGUGCAGCAGCUCCUCUCAUCUCUCCUUUCUCCUCUCAUCUCCUGAUAAUGAUUAUUCGGACACUUUCUCCAUUCAUUGUCCUCUUCGUUGUCUGCUGUUACGCAGAGGAGGUGAGGAGUAAAAGUAAAGUUUGUGCGAAUGUGUUCUGUGGAGCUGGAAGAGAAUGCGCUGUCACAGAGAAAGGAGAACCAACCUGUCUGUGCGUCGAGCAAUGUAAACCCCAUAAGCGUCCAGUCUGCGGAAGUAAUGGGAAGACAUACCGUAAUCACUGUGAGCUGCAUCGUGAUGCCUGUCUCACUGGACUCAAAGUACAGGUGGCCCAUCAUGGACAUUGUGAAGAGAAAAAAAUGGAACAGAUCACCAACAGCCCAAUUGUUUGUUACCUUACGGACCGCAAUGAGUUGAGGAGUUAUGUGAUUGAAUGGUUGCAGUCUGAGGUGUCGCCUGACGGCUGGUUUUCUAAAGGAUCCAACUUCUCAGAUGUCCUGCUCAAAUACUUCCAGAACUAUGAUAAUGGAGACUCUCAGUUGGAUUCAACAGAAUUCCUGAAGUUCAUUCAGCAUAAUGAGACUGCAAUAAAUGUCACCUCUCCUUAUGCCGAGGAGGAGAACAACCGCCUGCUCAGGAGUCUGUGUGUUGAUGCCCUCAUUGAGCUGUCUGAUGAGAACGCUGACUGGAAACUGAGCUUUGAUGAGUUCCUCAACUGCCUCAGGCCUGGAUUCAACCCUCCAGAGAGGAAGUGCGCCUUAGAAGAUGAGACGUACGAGGAUGGUGCUGAGACUCAGGUGGAAUGUAACCGCUGUGUUUGUGCCUGCGGCAACUGGGUUUGCACUGCUGUUAUUUGUGAUGGUACAAAUAAGUUACACGAUCUUGAGGAAAUGGAGGGAAAUGAUCAGGAGAUGACGGAAGAGGAGUGGACUCAGAGAGUGGACACACUUAAUAAACAUCAGGAAACUGUGGAGAAGAUGAAAGUGGCAACUAAGAAGGUUUGAGGAGUAGUCGAAGAGGAAUAAUGAACAUUUGUCCAGAUUUCAGCUUCAAUCAACCUGUGUUUGAAUGAAAGGAGAAAGUUCCAUAUUUUCAGUUAGUUUAUUAUUAUAUUAAUUAUA